UAAUGUUUUUGCUUCUCUUACUUUCAACCAUUUAAGCACUUUCAACUGGAUUAGAUGGUGGGAAAGAAUUAUGUUUGGGAGUCUAAGGCAAGAAAACAGCAUUAUUUUAAAUCUCUUUUGUUGUUUCUGGAUUCUAAGAAGAUAAUAUUGAGAUGAAAGUAAAAUAGGAAUAUUUACAUUUAGUUCUAUUCUCCAAGAAAAACUCUUUUGAAAUCUAGUAUAAAAUAAAAGGAAGGCAAUUAUAAAGAAAUAAUGACAGAUGAUGGAUAAUAUGAAGUUUGCUUCAAAUCAUUAGAUAAAUAUUAUAAAUUGAUUAGUUUUAACUUUGAUUUUGUAGAGGAAAAUGAUUUAGCAUUGGCAGGUAUAUUAAUAUCUUUAUAUAAAUAGAAACAAUGGAUUAAAUGGCUGAAGAGAUGAAAUAAGCUUAUAGAAGUUUAAAGACAAUAUAAAAUAAUUAACAUUAUUAAAAUGAUAGAGAGAAUGAACAUUAGAGAAUGUUAGAAUCAACAGAAAAGAAAUUAUGGUGGUGUUCAGCAGGUAAAAUGGGAGCUUUAAUUGUCAUAUGCAUUUCUCAAAUUUACAUGUUAACAGGAUACUUUAAAGGAAAAUCAUUUGGUCCAAAUGUUUGA